AUGUCACUUGCUGGUAAACUCAGCACAGAAAUUUGGGUUCAUGCAACUGCUGAUAAGUGGUUCAACCUUUUUUCAAAGCAACUUCAUCAUGUUCAAAAUCUUACAGAUAGAGUCCAUGGAACCAAGCUGCAUCAUGGUCACGAUUGGCAUCACAACGAGACCAUCAAACACUGGACUUGUACCAUAGAUGGUAAGGUUACAACGUAUCACGAGAGUAUUGAAUCCAUUGAUGAAGCAAACAAAAGAAUAACCUACAAGCUGUUCGGUGAAGAGUUAGAAGCCAAGUUUAAGGUUUUUAAGGCAAUCUUUGAAGCAAUUGACAAGGAUAUCAUCAAAUGGACCAUUGAAUAUGAGACUACCAGUGAGGAAGUUGAUCCUCCAUUUGGUUUCCUCGAAUUCGUGCACAAAGGGAGCAGAGAUGUUGAUGCAAAUCUUCUCAAGGCAUAA